AUAGAACACCACAAAGACAAUAUAACAUUCAACCUAGAAGAGCAUUUACAGAAUAUUCUUCUUCUGAUAACGAUAACAAAUGUGGUUCAUCAGUUGCAGAUAUACGAGAGCGUUUAUUAUCAUUGAAUGACAAUGAACGAAAAUCGACAACAUCAUCAACACGAGACUUUCCAAAGCCAAGACAAGGUUACGUAAAUGAAGUAAAAACAAAAUUUGUAGGCAUGGGAGAGAGUAACAAUAACGACACUCCACCAUAUUCUCUUAUAACUUCAAAUAACUAUGGAGAUGAUGAUGACAUGUAUCCUGAUCAAGUUGAGCAUUUCGAAGAUACGAAUCCAGCAUCCCUAAGUAAACCCAUAAUUAAUGAACAAUGUGAUUGUCAUAAUUGUCGAGAAUUAAGAAAAGCUACAAUUGCGAAUGACUUAACAUAUCAUCCACAAGAGUCUUUUUUACAUGAAGAUGAUUAA